AUGUGGGGCCAGAUCGAAGGCCGCACCAAGAUUGAAAUCGCGCGCGAUGCCAUGACAAAUGUUCUGGGAACGCUUCCAGCUGACCUGGAACUUGGGCUCUUUGCCUACGGGCACCGUGAAAAAGGCAAUUGCGCUGAUAUCGAGCUGAUCGUUCCUCCGGCAACCGGGACUGGUGCGGCCAUCAAGGCAGCAACAGACAGGAUCACGCCCAAAGGAAAGACGCCGUUGUCUGCGUCGGUGCGCCAGGCCGCCGAAACCAUGCGCUUCACGGAAGACAAGGCGACCGUCGUGCUCGUCACGGACGGGAUUGAAACCUGCAAUGCGGAUCCCUGUGCCCUUGGCAACGAACUUGCGCGGCUCGGCGUGAACUUCACCGCGCAUGUGAUUGGCUUUGGCUUGAGCGAGGAGGAAGGACGUCAGGUCGCCUGCCUGGCGGAAAACACCGGUGGUCUCUACAUCCAGGCCGGCAGCACGGCGGAACUUUCCGAUGCGUUGACUGCAACAGUCGAAACGGUUCCCGUGGAAGAAGCAGCGGCUGAACCGGCGCAGCUGCCCGAUGCGUUGCUUGAGGCACCGGACGAAGCCGAGAUCGGUUCACGGAUUGAUGUCGCCUGGCAGGGGCCGGGCGGUCGGUACGACCAGAUCGAGUUGCAUGAUCCGAUGGCCCGGGGAGGAGAGGGAAAGCGCCUUCGCUCGAAAGCGAUCGUGAACGGAGACUUUGACAACAAUCAAGUCACCAUGACAGUUGUGACCGAUCCCGGCACAUAUGAAUUGCGAUACUGGGACGGCACAGGCCGCCAGAUCCUGGCAACACGUGCGAUCGACGUGAUCCCGGCCGAGGUGGCCCUGUUCGCCCCGGACGAAACCGCCAUGGCACGGCCGGUGACCGUGGAAUGGAUCGGCCCCGGAGGCCGUUACGACGCGGUGCAACUCUAUGACGUGUCUGCACGCGGCGGCGAGGGCAAGGUUCUGCACAACAAGCGCCUGCGCAACGAUGAUUUCGACAACAACAAGGUAACCCUGCCGACACCGGCAAAACCGGGCGCAUAUCAGCUUCGUUAUUAUGCUGGGGAGGACAAGACCGUUCUGGCGACACGUUCACUGGACAUCAUCGAAGCUCCGGUCACGCUUGAAACGGAAGAAGCGGCUGAAGCCGGCAAACCGAUUGUCGUCGACUGGGUCGGGCCGGGAGCACGGUAUGACAGUGUGAGGCUGGUCGAUCCGGCGAACGGCAAGAAGCUCCAUGAAAAACGUCUGCGCAACGACGAUUUCGACAAUCAGAGAGUAACCUUGCCGGGACCGGUAAAGGCCGGACCAUAUGAGCUGCACUAUUACAACGGGGACAACAAGGCCGUGCUCGCCACCGUGCCUGUCGAGGUGACCGCGGCAGUCGUUGCACUCGAAGCUCCCGACGAGAUCGGUCAGGGCCGCCAUGUCACCGUCGUCUGGACCGGCCCCGGUGCACGCUACGACAGCGUUCAGUUCUUUGAUCCGCGGGCGCGCGCCGGUGACGGCCGGGUUGUUCAUCAAAAACGACUGCGCAAUGACGAUUUUGACAACAGCAAGGUCACAUUGCCGAGCGCGGCAAAACCGGGCGACUACGAGUUGCGCUACUAUAAUGGUGACAACAAGACCGUGAUGCUGACGCGUCCGAUUGCCGUCGUUCCGCUUGAAAUAGCGAUUGAGGGGCCGGAGAGCGUUGAAACGGGGACAAAAUUUUCAGUUUCCUGGAAAGGACCCGGGGCUCGGUAUGAUUCGGUGCAGAUCUGGGAUCCCAAGGCACGUGGCGGCAAAGGCAGAGCUGUCUUUGAAAGGCGCGUAUGGUCAGGAGAUAUCGACGCCCAGACUGUCAACCUGAAUGCCCCGAAAGAAGCCGGGGAUUACGAGCUUCGCUAUUUCAACGGGGACAACAAGGCUGUGCUCGUCACCCGGCCACUAUCGGUCCAGUAG